UGCUCUUCCAAUUUGCAUCCCAAUGCCAUGCAAUUGGCAAAACCACGAAACACAAACAACGACGACGACGAAGAACGAACAAGGAGAAGAGUGAGGAGAAGCAAAGAGGAGCGUGAGAGAAGGGGACACACCCACCACAGCAGCAAACAAACAAACACAACGCACACGUUGCACACGGACGGACGACAAACGCCAUGGCUGGGGUGGAUGAUGAUACUGCGCUUGCGUUUUGGGUUGCAGAGGAGAAAUCCAACGCAGCCCAGGCCGGUCAGGCCAGAAGAGCAACACACGCAACGGAGGCACAAGAGCUGUUCACACUCGAUUCAAGAUUUCUCUUCACCCUAAAGUUCCUUGGACGGGUGUCUGGUGUGCGACGAUCAGGGAGUGAGCUGAUUGAGUACAUUGAUGAGCAGAAGCUUCAAGGCAACGUAGCACACGUGGCAACUGCCCAGGACGCCGUGCGCAUGUGUCUCACACGCUACGGUGUCAAAGUCACGGACAUCAACGAAGAGAACGUGAUUGUGGUUGAGACUGGCAAGACCGAUUCGGACACGUGUGUGUACUUUUUGUACCAGGCGCGAAGCGAGGAUGAGGCCUCGCGUGUGUGCGCCGUGUUUGGCAAAGCUUUCCACCUCCUCCAAGCACACGUCAACUCCCCCACCUAA